ACGUUAUGUUGGCGUGUGUCUGUCGACCUUGCCUAACGUUAGUCCCGAAUCUUUGUUCUGCCUGCGUGGAAGACUCCGAUUACGAUUGGGUUUUUCUUUUCUUCAGAUUUCCAAUGUGUCAACCACUUAAAAACCAUUUAGAUGCUAACUAAACUACUUAAUUGACAUGAUCUGACACGUUUGCAUAUUUGUUGUGGAUAUUUUGGACUCAAAAUCGGGUAAACUUGCGCACAAAUAGUAACCGCAACGUGUCUCGCAAAGGUCAUCGGAUGCAUGUGGGGUAACGUUAUUGUAAUUUUGACAUUUCUUGCUAAAUGAUAUGCUGUUUUUAGCAUGGUGUGGUUGUUUUUCAAGGUUUGUUAGAAAACGCAGCGUUUUUUUUACAGGAAAUAGUGUACUUUUCUCUUAACACAAGGCAAAGGUCCAAGUCCCACAGCGCCAUCUUUUGGUCGUGUAUUUGUAAUCGCUGUUGAAAAAUAAAUUCAUAAUGUUAUUCUGAAAUAUUCACUACCGUCGAGGAUUUUCUCAAAUAAUUUAUUGUGCAUAAAUUUGUCAUUUGGCAAUCAAACACAAUGGCUGUUUUAGGCAUCAAAGGAACCAAGCAUCAUUAAAGUGACCAGGCUCCUUUGUUUUCUAUUGCUUUAUGACACAGCAGGCCAACUCAACAUUUGGCUUGUCAUCUCCCCAUUGGCAUUGUUCGCAGGGGCAGGCCACAGGAACAGCACUCACACCUAAUGUGCUGAGGAAAUCUUUUCACUGAGCACUUUCAGUAUGUCAUUUGAAGGCAAAAAUGGCGAUUGUUUACUCUAAAAUGUGAAGUGGAGGAUGAUGUUUUUUUAAAGUGGUGGCAAUGCAACAAACUCUUUCAAUUCAAUUGCACACAACCUGUUUCUGUUCUUCAGAUAAAGGCUCAGAACUUUCCCCUUCUCUCUCGCCAGUCAAGAUGGGAGGAGCUGUGAGCGCUGGCGAGGAUAAUGACGAGUUGAUUGACAACCUGAAGGAGGCACACUACAUCCAUUCAGACCUGGUGGAGCGGGCCUUCAGGGCCAUCGACCGGGCCGACUACUACCUGGAGGAGUACCGUGACAGCGCCUACAAGGACCUGGCCUGGAGGCACGGCAACAUCCACCUAUCAGCCCCCUGUAUCUACUCUGAGGUGAUGGAGGCCCUGGACCUGCACCCUGGCCUGUCCUUCCUCAACCUGGGCAGUGGGACGGGGUACCUCAGCACUAUGGUGGGACUCAUACUGGGUCCAUUUGGUGUGAACCAUGGGGUGGAGUUAUAUGCUGAUGUGAUAGAGUAUGCCUAUCAGAAGCUAGACUACUUCAUCAAAACCAGCGAAAGCUUUGACAAGUUUGAGUUCUGCGAACCUUCGUUUGUGGCGGGGAACUGCCUGGAGAUCCCCCCUGAGAGCAGGCAGUAUGACAGGGUGUACUGUGGGGCGGGAGUGCAGAGAGACCAUGAAGAAUACAUGAAGAACCUGCUGAAGGUGGGGGGUAUUCUGGUACUGCCUCUGGAAGAGAAGCUGACCAAGAUCAGGCGUACAGGCCAGAGCAGCUGGGAGACCAAAAAGAUCAUUGCUGUGUCCUUCGCUCCACUGGCACUGCCCCAACAUAACACCAAUGGUGAACCCAAGACAGUCCCACUACCCACGUUUGAGGUGCGGACGCUGCAAGAGCUGGCUCGUAUAGCCAUCCGCCACACCCUGAGAGUGACCACGGACAACGGGGGGGGUCAGCCACGGGGUCAGGGCUCUUUUGGAGGAGGCAGGGGCCUGGGGGUCAGUGGGCUCCACAAGUACGGCCCGCGUGUUAAACGACGGCGAGUUCACCAACGCCGCCACUGCACCUCUGUAGUACUGGCACACAAUGCUGACCCCACCCCUGCUCCCCUGGACAACAACAACAAUAACCAUGGGGGGCAGGAGGAUGGGCAGCGAAGGGCAGCCCGGGAAGAGGAAGCAGAAAAGGAGACAGGGGAGGUACUCCCAGCAGAGCCACCUAUAAACAUCCUGAGAGAGAGGAUUCUCGUUUUGCCCCUCCCGGAGCCUCUGAAGAUGUACCUGCUGUACUGCCGGGAGAAAUGACUUCUCCACAGAUGUAGCACCCAGCAGAAACCAACAACCCCUGACUGGGUCUCUGUUACUGACUGGGUCUCUGUUACUGACUGGGUCUCUGUUUCUGACUGGGUCUCUAUUACUGACCCCUGAUUGGGUCUCUGUUACUGACUGGGUCUCUGUUUCUGACUGGGUCUCUGUUUCUGACUGGGUCUCUGUUUCUGACUGGGUCUCUGUUUCUGACUGGGUCUCUGUUUCUGACUGGGUCUCU